GUUUAAAUGUCAGAGAUUAUAGUUAUGAUAAGGUCAGAGGUUGGGAUGAAUAGAGUCUCUAUUCUUUCUAAUCAAGCAUUUUAAGAAUUUGUAAACAAAGUUAGUCAAAUUUUGAACAAACCUCCUGAAUCAUUAACAUUAACUUUAGAAGGAGUGGUGAUAACUUAGAAAAUCUCUCCCACUUUGCCAAUCAAAAACAUUCCCAAAUUUGAGUAAUAAAUAAUACCAAAUAAUUAGUAAUGGAGCCUUCAUCAAUGUCUCCAUUGACCAAAGGAAAGUUCAAUAAAAACCAUAACAAAUUUAAACUCCUGAACAACCAAAAGUGUAUAUGGCAAGUGGAAAAUUAGCAAAUGCUUAAUAGAUUUAACAAGUUGACCAUAAAAUCCAUGAAAACAAAGACCAGUAUUGAAUUCAUAUUAUAAAUCAUAGUGCAUUGAGUUAAUUUUGCUAACAUGGGCCACAAGCAAAAUGCAUUAACUGCUUAUCUUCAACAUCAACCAAAGUAGAAUAGCAGGAGAAAACAGAGAUUAAUAAAUGCAAGCACGGAGAGGGCGGUCGUUGUUUGAAUUGUGCGCCUUAUGAAUAAGAGAAGAAGAAUACCAAAACAGUCAAUAAGAUCUUAUGUCAACAUGGCCCUAAUGGAAAAUGUCCACAUUGCAUAGACGAGGGACAAAUAGAGGCCAAGCAUCUUUCAUUUGAUCAAUAUUUGCAUGAUAUGAAAUUCAAAUGUCGUGGAUAACAUCCAGACAAUGGACGAUGCAACAACUGUCUUCCCCCAACCAUGGUAAUCCCAUUUCCCUUUAAUCCUAGAUUUCUUAUAAACUCAAGAAGGAUUGCAAGAAUCAUGCUCCAUAUCCUAAGGCUAUGUGCAACAACUGUCUUCCACCUUCCAUCUUGUUAAAGAGAUAAAUUUACAGACAUGUUGAUUAUGUUGAAUUCCUAAACAUCCCAGAAAUGUCCAAUUUAGUACAAUAUUGGACUAGCAAAGGGAAAACAGAAUAAAGAAUGGGAUUCUUAUACGGAUAUUAUGCUGCAGAUCCCAAUUAUCAAAAUGGUGUUAGAGCCAUAGUCGAAGCUAUUUAUGAACCUCCUCAAAAGGGAACUUUUGGUCACGUUGAUUUGUUGUAAGAUCCUGCUUAAAGUCAUGCUGACGAAAUAGCAUCUAAUUUGGGAAUGGAGAAAAUCGGAUGGAUCUUUACAAAUGUCAAUCAUGAUUGCUUUUUAUCAAGUGAAGAAUUGAGACAGGCAGCACAAUACUAAUAAAUGCAUUCUAUUAAACAUCCUGAAGGUUGUUUAGUGAGCAAGUUCUUGACAGUCGUGCUGAGAAGUAAAAAUAAUAGCCAUUCUCAUUUUUAGCCAAGAAGGACAACCCUGAUGAGGUGGUUCCAGAGGUUUAUAUGGUGUCUGAUUAGGGAUAACAAUUGGAGUAUGAUGGAAUAUUCUAGAAUUCAGGAAGAAGAAAGGUCUUGUAAGUUAGAGAAGCUAAAAACGAAUUGGAUGUCUUGCCCUCUUUUGUGUACAAUGGAAAAUCAGUCAAAGAAUUUGAGCCAGACUUCUUUAUUGUGAAUGUACUAUUAAACUUGAAUGCUUUAAGGUUGCUCACGGAUACAAUCCAAAUUCAAAUUACAGUAUUCUAAAAUUGUACGAUUUCCCAGUUGAGAACAGAUCUGUGGUUGCUAAACAGUAGGAUUUGAAGACAUUCUUACACAAACACUAAAAGAAGCCAAGUCAUCACAGAUUUGCAGAUUUCCAUUUGUUGUUGUAUUUGAGCAAAUUGAUAGACAUACAUGUAUACAAUCUUAUUGAUACAAAAUAGAGUAUUGCCAACAUAGCAUAGUUUAUAGCCAGUGAAUGUGAGGUAACAAACGAUUUACUUGAUAUUGUUAAAAUGUAUGCAACAGGCGCUUGAGAUAAUAUAAAAAUU